AUGGGCAAUGGCAUCACCAAGAACCCAUGCUUCUCUGGCGACCCCUACGCGGCCGCCGUCGCGUCGGACCCGCUUCCCGACGACAGCCAAGGCCACUCCUUCACCUACAUGCCAUCGGGCGCCGGCUUCGACCAGCCACCGACGGCAGCCGCGAUGUCGUCGGAGCCGUCGUUCUUCUCUCUGUCCGGCGCCGCCAUCAGCGCCAAUCUGGCGACGUCCGCGUCUAUGCCGUCGUUCCACCUGUUCAACGAGCUGACGUGGCCGCCGACGACCGCGUGCACCUUCGAGAGCUCGCGGUCCUUCGCCGCGGCGCCGCUCCAACCCGCGCCGCCUAGGCUAUCCAUGUCCGGGCCGGUCCAGUUCACGUCCGGCCGUUUCUCCGAGACAUCCGGCUCGGCGUCCACCAUCUCCGGCCCACCAUCGGGCCGGCCAUUCAUGUCAGGCCCGCUUGACCGCUCCUUGUCCAUCUCGUCGUCCGUGAGGCAACAAUCAAGCGUCUCAAAGCUCGUCGCCGAGCGCCGCGCCGCGCGCUCCCGCCGCCGUGAUGACGGAUCGCUGCUACGGUUCUUGGCGAGGACCGCCUCCAAGCUCCGGUUCGGGUCGCCGCGCAAUAGCCGCCGGCCACCGGAACCUGCUGAUCCGAUAAAGGUCUCCUGCAGCGAUGGGGACUACCGCUCGCCGCCGAACGGCAGUGUGGAGUGGGCUCAGGGCAUGGCCGGCGAGGACCGGUUCCAUGUCGCGGUGUCCGAGGAGCACGGCUGGGUGUUCGUCGGGAUUUACGACGGCUUUAAUGGCCCCGACGCAACCGAUUACCUCUUCGCCAACCUCUACGUCGCCGUGCACAGCGAGCUCAAGGGCGUGCUCUGGGACGACAUCCAAGUCGGCGACGACGGCAGGUCCAGUUACCAAGAGCCGGCUCCAGGCAAUGCCGAACGCCCCUGUUUCGCGCAGGCGAACGGCGAAGGCGCGGAGGCUAAGCGGAGGCGAACGGAAGGGCCCAUGCCAGGCAGCAACGCCGCGGCAAUGCACCGCGACGUCCUGAGGGCGCUGACGCGGGCGCUGAAGAAGACGGAGGACGCGUUCUUCGCAGCGGCGGAGGAGCGCGCGGACGAGAGCCCGGAGCUGGGCCUGAUGGGGUCGUGCGUGCUGGUGAUGCUGAUGAAGGGCACGGACGUGUACGUGAUGAACGUCGGGGACAGCCGCGCGGUGCUGGCGCGGCGGCCGGAGCCCGACCUCAAGAACGUCCUCGGCAAGGCGUCGCAGGACCUGCAGCAGUUCAAGGCCGAGAUCAUGCGCGAGCUGGAGGCGCACGACAUGGAAGGCCUGCAGGCCGUGCAGCUCACCCCCGAGCACAGCACGGCGGUCGAGGAGGAGGUGAGGAGGAUCAAGGGCCAGCAUCUGAAUGACCGGAACGCCAUCGUCAAUGGCCGUGUGAAGGGGAAGAUCAACGUCACUAGGGCAUUUGGAGUCGGCUACCUGAAGCAGCCCAAGUGGAACAGCAGGCUUCUGGAAGCCUUCAAGGUCAAUUACGUGGGCACGGACCCAUACGUCAGCUGCACACCGGCGCUGUGCCACCACCGCAUCAGCGCGCAGGACAAGUUCCUGGUGCUGUCAUCCGACGGCCUCUACCAGUACUUCACCAACAAGGAGGUGGUCGACCAGGUGGAGGCGUUCACCGCCGCGCAGCCCGACGGCGACCCCGCGCAGCACCUCGUCGGCGAGCUCGUGAUCCGCGCCGCGAGGAAAGCCGGCAUGGCGUUGCACGAGCUGCUGGACAUCCCGCACGGCGCGAGGAGGCACUACCAUGACGACGUGUCCAUCAUCGUCAUCUCCUUCGAGGGGAGGAUCUGGAGAUCGUCCGUCUAGGAUCUGGAUGGAGUUCAGAGAAGAAGAGAUGGAUGUGGUCAUGGUCGACCGUGCUGCCAUGAACCCCCGUUCGGCUACCUGUUUUCACCUUACUUACUAGAACAAUGUUCACUCUUGCCGAAACUGUUGUACAUAGUUAGGCAGGAGGAACUCUAGUAGCUAGGCUUAAGUAAUCGCCAAAGGAAUCAAAGGGAAAAAAAUGUACUAGUAUCUAGUAUGUAAUUAGGGCUUUCGCAUCAUUGCGAUCGAAAAAAGAAGAAGA